AAUCGUUCCUCGCUCGGGAAAAUUUGUGCGGAUCAUUGAAGGCGACGCUUCUCCAGAAAUCCGAUCAAGGUUUUACGGAAGAACACUCCGAGGAAUGAAGCAGCCGAUAGACCCCUUCGAAGCGGCAUGGCGUGAGUACGAGGAAUCGCUACGGGAGAAACCUGUCGUAGACGGUGACGUCGGUGGUGGUGAUGGAAGCCGAACCUCGAUCAAGAAGAUUCCGGCGGAGGACGACACAGCCGCCGGAGAUCUCCGGCCGUCGAAGAAGUCUAAAACUUCCAUGGAGGGUUUAGGGGAGAACAAAGACGAUGAGGACGAUGAUGAUGAUGAAGAAGAGGAAGAGACUGCGGACGUUGACUUCACUAAGCGCCCGUUUAGUGGUGACACUUCUACGGCUGACAAGAUGCAGGACGUUUUUUCACAGUUCACAGGGGAUCAGAUGAACAGAUAUGAAUCGUAUCGGAGAUCGGCAUUUCAGAGAUCAAGCAUGAAGAGGUUACUGACAAGUAUCACGGGGACUCAGACGAUAAAUCUGCAAAUCACGAUCGUUAUGUGCAGUAUUGCAAAGAUGUUUGUAGGAGACCUUGUCGAGAAAGCUCGGACUGUGAUGGGGGAAAGGAAGGACUCAGGACCCAUCAGACCUUGCCAUAUAAGAGAAGCUUACAGAAGGCUAAAACUCGAAGGCAAAGUGCCGAAAGGUGCUGUUCCAAGGCUUUUACGGUAGCUAUGACAGAGGGCAAAAACAUGAUAAUGGACUCCAUACCAUUAUCAUCAUCAUCCUUGAUUUGGUAUUUUACUCCAACCAUUACAUACUGAUACACAUUUUACUUCAACCAUGGCAUUCUGGCAUACAUUUUAUCAUUUGGUCUGGUACGAGAAAUUGGAAAUCGAAAGAAUGAUCGAUCGGUCAGGGAUUAUGUG